AUGGCUUUUAUGAGAUUGAAAGACAAAACAUGGACUUAUAAAGAUGAUACAUGGACUGCCGUUGAAGAAGUUGUUAAUGUUGAAGAUAAGUUUUAUGCAGUGAACAAUUACAGCCAACUUUUAUCUUUUGAAAUUACAAGGUUUUCAGGCACAGAGGCGACCGUGGCUGCAACAGGUAUGGCAAGAAACUACGUCUUUAGGAGCUAUCUGGUGGACUCAGAUGAUGGAUUAUUAAUGGUUCAAAGGGUCUAUGAGUGGGACGUUGACAAAUGUGUGACAAAAAAAUUCAAGAUUUUCCAACUGAAUUGCAGUAAGAAUGGGUGGAUUGAGAAAAACACUUUGGGUGAAUAUGCUCUUUUUAUUGGAGAUAACUCUACGAUAUCAGUUUUGGCUUCAAAGUUUAAAAAUUGUGAGCCAAAUUGCAUAUACUUCAAUCAAGAUGACAAUCGCAUAAAGAGUGAAAUUGGAUCUCACGGACCUCAUGAUUUCAGUGUGUAUAACUUCAAAAGUGAAGAGAUUUCGAAGCCUUACACAAUAAAUGCAAUGACUUUACUGGAGAUGACCAAGCGAUCUCCGAUCUGGAUUACACCGCCUCCUAAUUAA